AUGGGCUGGCAGGUGGCGCAAUACCACCCCAGCCAUGUGAACUCUUCGAGCACUGCAACUUUGUCUCAGCGCCUUAAAAGUAUGCACAUACAAGCCUUGUGGCUGGACCUUCCAAUACCAGGCCGGCACGUGCAUAAAGACCGCUUGUCUUCCCACAUGACCCAGCUAUGUGUGUGGCUUCGUCUUUGCCACGAGCUGGGAAUCUCCGCGGUCUUGUUUGGGCCCCAUGGCAAGGGUUGGUUGGCCCCUGGUGUGCAGGAUCUCCUUGCCAGGGGCCAGGUUCGUAAGGUUUAUCAUAGGCUUUGUGCUUGGGGUUUUAAGAUAGAUGCUACGCAACAGGAGCCCAGCUCCACAGCCUUUGUCACUGCCAGCACCUUUCCCCUCUCAGGCAACCCGUGCGUCUGUGAACGGGGUGUUCAGCACAAGCUUGAUUGGGUGGUGACCUCCCAACCCCAUCAGCGCCGCCUCAGAGCCCAAGCACAUGCAGCAGUAUCCUUUCGCGUGGCCGCGCAGUGGCUUGCUCACGUGCCUUCCCACGCGCCCUUGGCGCAGCAACUCAGACCGAGCACACCCGACACAAAUCCGGCUCGACUUUCCCCCGCCCGAUGUGACGCUGAUUUGCGUUUGGUCCCAAACUUUUGCGAGCCGGAUGGCGACCUCUCCAGGCCGUUCUUUUCCGCAUCGAUGAAAAGGGCAACUGCCCCAAGUCAGGAGUCCGUUGCUGGCCACUCGGCAGCGAGACGGGCUGAAGCCCCAGACUCCCACUUGUCGAUGCCCAAAGCCUUGCCUGGCCCCUCAACCGAGUCAGCUUUUCCAACUGAAGCCCGUAUCCAACAAAAGGCCCACCUGAAAGCCCUCAAAGCUCAAGGCCUUAAGCCCAAGACCCGCAAGGUAGUUGUCGAGGACCACCACGACGACUGCGGCACCAGCCUCGCAAGCCUGGCUGCCUAUCUGCCGAAAACGGAGACUGUACAUCUAGCCCACUGGGCCCUCUACCAGCACUCGUACAAUCUUCCACCAUAUUGGCUUUUGGGCUCGUCGGCAGGGCCAGGCCUACCGCCGCAACCGACCUCGUGUUUCCUGGCCAGCAGCUUCGAGCAUGCGCUGCAAACCUUGAGUCAGAGGCCAUGCCCAGCAAGCGUUGUGGUGCGUAAGGAGACGCGUGGGAUCCGGAAGGAAAUGGCCACAACCCAGAAACUGCAGUCCCGACACUUUAUCUGUGAGCAGCCCUGGAUUGGCCGACCGACGCACUCUCCCGCCUGGUGGCAGUUCCUGCAGUCCUCACAGCACAUCCACCAGGAUGUUUCUGACAGGUCCGCGUCAUACACUUUCUGGGCCACCCACGCCUACCUCCUUAAGCCACUUCAGGACCACCCGUGGUGUCCUGAAGCGCAAAAGCCACCUCAAAUGUGGAGCAACGCGCUAGCUGACAGCGUGAUGGAUGGCCUCAGCCUCUUAUGCACAGCCGAACAACUCACCCAAGCCUUUCCCUCAGCUGCUGUGGGGCCGGAUGAAAGGGAAGCCGCGCCGCCAACCGAGGUGCCUGGCGAAGAGUGGUGGAGGAAGUGCCCCGGAUGCCGCGGACGCCAAAAUCAGCAUGAUGACCGGCACAACCGCGUCCCAGGCCAAUGCAAGUACCCCCACUCUGAAAGCAUAUCCUGGAAAUGUGAGGGUUGCCGUUUUCACAGACCGCGCGGACACCCCACUCACACUAUGGGGCCAGAUUGCAAGCAUGUCUUGGUGGAAGAACGCAAGGGUGUCCCGCGCCGAGGCAGGCACCCACGAGCCCCAGCUCGCAAAGCUGUUGAUGAUCCUUCUCGUGAUCUACAGGCGCAACUCCCUGACGGUACGGAUCUUGGCCAAAUUGAGGAAGAUGAAGCUGCGCGGGUUCCUGAGCCCAAAGACGCUUCUUCCAGUGCAGCCCUCCCUUCGGAUGUGGAGGAAGCGGACUACGCGCCUUCAGACGCGGAAAACGCAGCUCCGGCAGCAGCAUCUGCAGCUCCCUCUGAUCUGCCCGCUCCAGCAGAAAUAUGCAGAAAGCCUGCGCCUCGCAACCGCAGGGUCUUUCGUGAGGCAGGCGUAGGACACGAAGUCCCCUCGGACUGGACUCGGUUUGAUAUAAGCCGCUCCAUGCGCGUUCUCCGGGUUGGAAAUGAGAGGGCUAUCCGUACCGAACUACGUAAGCUACACCUACGCUUCUGGCACUGUUCACGCCAGGCAUUGGAGCAAAUCCUCAAAGCAGCGGGCGUUCCUCAGCGUAUCAUAGCGUACGUGCCCGACAUAAUAAACACCUGCCAAGAAUGCCGUAAGUGGCAGCGCCCUGGCAAUGCCACUCAACACGCGCUCACCGCUAGCCUCAAGUUCAACCAGCAUGUGGAAUUUGAUCUCCUGUUCUACCGUUCGUUUGUGGUAUGCCAUCUUGUGUGCCGGGCCACUAGAUGGCACGCAGGUUGCGCCAUACCAAGCAAAGACGGAGAAGUGCUAUACGAGAGUAUCAACACGUGCUGGAUUGGGCUCCACGGCCCAAUGCAGCAGCUGAUUGCCGAUGGCGAAACCGGCCUAUGGAGCGAUGCUAUCGCCCACCGCAUAAAACGCCAAGGCAUCGAAAUGAAGCUGCGAGCUCCACAGCAGCAUGCGCGCUACAUUGAGCGUCGCGGAGCCAUACUACGGGCCACUCUUCAUGUGAUGGAAGAACAGCUUGAGCGCGAAGGAUUGGUCUACGCGUUUCCAGCCCUGCUGGCCGAAGCCAUCUUCGCCGGCAACGCACUGGUGCAUAUCGGAGGCAGCACUCCGUACCAGGCGGUUUAUGGCAGGCAGCCUGCCAUGUUGCCCCCGCUUGAAAUUCCUGACAUGCCCGAACGCGAGCAAGUUGGCGAAGCUGGGGACAGGCAGCGUGCCUACAUCCGUGAAGCAGCAUUGCAAGCCAUGAUCCAGGCCACCAGCCUGGCACGCAUCAACAGAGCGGCGCACACGCGCACAUCUCCAGAUAGCACCCGCGAGUUCAAGGUAGGGGAUCUAGUUGAUGUUUUCCGGAAACCGCCCAGUAAAGAUGCUUCAGGUUGGUCGGGUCCGUACAGGGUUACUGAGUCCUUGCCAGGCCAGGUCCUAGUGAGGGUCAACGGCCAGAAGCGCACAUACAGGAGUCAGGAUGCACGCCUGACCCUCUUAGUCCUGUACACCGCCAACCAGCCUUCAGCAUGGCCUGAGUGUAUGCAAGUUGUCACAGAAGCCUUGAUGGGUCUGCAGCAGGGACAGUCCGCGUUGUAUGGCUUUGCUAACUCCCCCACAGGUGGCUGCGUGCUUUCCAAGGCCACACGUCAAGCGCCGCAAGUGCUACACGCGCUUGAGUUCCUCUUCACCCACUGCUGGCGCCUCCCUGAGACCAUCGGCGCGCGUCUUGCCCGCGGCGCCAAGAGUCUCAGCGCCGUAACUUUGGCGUCACACUCCACCUUAAUCUUGUGGCAAGCAAACAUAGACCAAGAUGUCCAGUUUAGCAGUUUGCAAGGCACUAAGGUUAACCUUUUAGAACUACUAGGCAACAGUUAUAGCUCUAGUUUAGUGGUUCAGGCCUUGCACGCUGCCGAUCAGGACAUCACUCUUGCCGAUGCCUGUGACGAAGCUGCCGACCUCAACCAUGAACCUUCCUCAGAAACCGCGCUCCCGUCCAGUGACACAGAACCCCCUUCGAUCCACACGCCUCAGGGCCAGCUGUCCACCAUAUCUGAGGGUGAUGAGGCAGAAGAUGCAGUUCACACCUUCUUGUUGUCUUGCCCGGCAGAGCAGCCUGCUCUGACUGAGACACUGCGUGUGCUGUUUGCCUUGUCUGAGUCCGAAACUCUGGAGGCAGCAGCAGAGGGCCCCGAAAACGCCCACGUGCCAUAUUUCGAACCAGUCGACCCUUGUACUACCGCCAUACUGGACCCUUACGUGCACUACCAGUCUGCUCAAGUUGCCACUAGUCACUACGGUUCCCUAGACUACCACGACCUAGCAGGGAAUAAGUGUGUAGAACUGUGGUUUACUAAGGGUAUGGCCAAAAUUGUUGGGGAUGAUAGCGGUUUGGCGCCUGAUGAAACGUAUGCUUUAAGAGUUUAUGCCACGGGCUACCGACAAGCAGUCAUCCAAAGGGAAACCGACCUGCUGACCCCUCAAGACAUGCAAAAGCAUCAGCCCAUGGUGGCAGCAGCUGCUUUGGAGGAGCUGCAAACAUGGAACAAGUACAAGUGUUUCAAAAGGGUGCCUAGAGCCACUGCAAAAAACGUCAUGGACAGCAAGUUCGUGGCAAAAUGGAAAAUGGUUCAAGACGCGCAGGGCAAGGAGCAACGGAUCGUAAGGAUGCGACUUGCGCUGCGUGGUUUUAAGGACCUCCGAGAGGGCCUUGAAAAUUUCGCAGCAACAGGAUCCCGGCAGUCACAGCGGCUGCUGAGCUCCGAGGUUGCCUGCCAUCCGGGAUGGAAACUGGUUGCUGUAGAUGUAGCCAAAGCCUUUCUGCAGGGCAUGACAUACCAAGAAAUGAGCAAGCUCACGGGAGAAGCCGAGCAUGAGGUCCAUUUUGAUCUGCCAGCUCGUGAGGCUGAGUACCUUAAGCAAGUGCCAGGCUUCGAAGGUUUUGACCCUCGCAAGGAGACGCUAAAGUGCUUGAAGCCUGGUACGGGGUGCCGUGAUGCGCCCCGUGCUUUUGCUCUAAAGCUCGCACAGUUCACCCGGUCCAAGGAGAUCGGUCUUCAGCCUUCCUUGUACGACUCCGAAUUGGAAUAUAAGCACGUAGGCGGCCGCCUCGUGCUCAUUCUUGUAAAACACGUCGAUGACCUCAAGAUCGCCGGGGAGCCUCGCGAAGUGGAUGCGUUGGUAGCACACCUUGAGUCCGGUUUUGGCAAACUAGCCUACCAAGAAAACAAUUUCACCGUGUGCGGCUUGACACAUGUCAGGCACAGCGAUGGCAGCAUCGAGAUGAACCAGGAUGCGUACUUGGCAGCCAUGCGGCCUAUACAGCAUCCAGAGCUAACAGGCAGGGCCAGCAAUGAGCCGUGUACGCCAACUGUGCACGGCCUGUUUCAGAGCCUUCUUGGCGCAGUUGCAUACAGCCUGCUUUCGCAAGCGUGGGCUGCCGUGUUUGUGGUGGCUCUCCAGCGGCAUGCUGCUGCGCCCACCAAUCUGCAUGUAAGGCGUUUGAACCUUCUGUUGGCCGCCCUUCAAAAGCAGAAAGCAAAGCUGCACUUUCCGGCCAUGACUUGCGCACGCCGUAUAGUCGUUUUUUCUGAUGCGUCCUUCAGCAAAGAAAAUGAACAGAAAGGCUACGGCAUGCGUGGGGCAGUGUUUUUGCGCAUGGGCACUUUCAACGGCCAGGAGCGCUGCCAUUUCUUAGAGGCUCACUCGCAGAGCUUGAAGCUGGUCACCCGCAGCACCUUUGCUGCCGAAACACUGGCAGCCGUGGGUGCAGUUGACACCCUUACAGCUCUGUUGGUAACCCUCCAGGAAGUGGCUUGCGGCACACUGACCAUUGCAACUGCUCGUGCCCUAAGAGAGCAGGGCGACUUUGCUUUUACCUCCGAACUUUGUAUAGACGCCAUGAAUCUGUACUACGCGCUAUCAGCGGCAUAUCCCAAGUUACCAGCCGAGAAGGCUCUAUUCAUACAUAUAGCCUGGCUGCGGGACUUUAUCCGCGUUAAGAUCCCCAAAGUAAUAUCUUGGGUUGACACUAGGGACAUGCUGGCUGAUGGCUUAACCAAGGGCAAGGUAGAUCGUACAGCAUUGCUAAAUGCAAUGAAGGGUGUUGUGAAACUAACACACCCGAAAACUUCUACCAGGUAG